AUUUACUAGAUAAACUAAUAUAUUUUUUCGGAUCAUUUAUAUAAAAUUUGAUAAUAUUGGAUUCUAUUUGUUACAAUAUGUAUACUGCAAAUCCUAAAAUAAUAAAAAGUGGUGAUGCUGAACCUGAUGCGUUCGAAGCCAGCAUUUCCCAAGCUCUACUGGAACUGGAAAUGAAUAGUGAUUUAAAGUCACAAUUAAGAGAACUUUAUAUUACUAAAGCACGUGAAAUCGAAAUUACAAAUGAUAAGAAGUGCAUCAUUAUAUAUGUACCUAUGCCAAAGUUGAAGGCAUUUCAAAAAAUUCAAACUAGACUUGUACGUGAAUUAGAGAAAAAGUUUUCUGGGAAACAUGUUAUGUUUGUUGGAGAACGUAAAAUUUUGCCUAAACCAACUAGGAAAACACGUACUAAAAAUAAGCAGAAAAGACCAAGAAGCCGUACAUUAACUGCAGUGUACGAUGCAUUAUUAGAAGAUUUAGUAUAUCCUGUAGAGAUUGUUGGAAAACGCAUCAGAAUUAAACUUGAUGGUAAACAACUUAUUAAAGUUCAUUUAGAUAAAAAUGAACAAACGAACAUUGAACAUAAGGUUAACACCUUUGUAGCUGUCUAUAAGAAGUUAACAGGUCGGGAUGUAACAUUCGAAUUCCCAGAAACUUAUGUAUAAUUUACUUAAGAAAUAAAAAUAUUUGAAAUAA